UUCUGGGCAAAUCGCUGUUUACUUCCUGCGAGCGGCAGCUGUGGCUCAUUCCGUCGCUGUUCUUCCUUGGAAGAGGAUGGCUCUGGAGACAGUGCCGAAGGACCUGCGGCAUCUGCGCGCUUGUUUGCUGUGUUCGCUGGUCAAGACUAUAGACCAGUUUGAAUAUGAUGGUUGUGACAAUUGUGAUGCAUACCUUCAGAUGAAAGGUAACCGAGAGAUGGUAUAUGACUGCACCAGCUCUUCCUUUGAUGGAAUCAUUGCAAUGAUGAGUCCAGAGGACAGCUGGGUCUCCAAGUGGCAGCGAGUCAGUAACUUUAAGCCGGGGGUAUAUGCAGUGUCAGUCACAGGUCGCCUUCCCCAAGGAAUCGUGCGGGAGCUGAAAAGUCGAGGAGUGGCCUACAAAUCCAGAGACACAGCUAUAAAGACCUAGCGAGAUGCACAGCCUCCAGCAUCUUUGUUCCUGCCUCUGCCCCUGCUUAUUUUUUGUUGUGGAACUAAAUGGGCAGAACUGCAAAUACGUCCCACCCUCCGAGUCUGAGACUCAGGCUGUUGAGGGAGCAGCACAGUGUGUCCAUGGGCCGUUUUACCUUCUCUGGUGGACUGCGGCAAGGAUGGGAGCAGUUUGGGCUGGUGGAGUGACAGAGACUGAAUUCAGUGGGGACUAGGAUACUGGUUUUCCUACCCACCACUCAGAGCUGUGCCCUUGCUCUUGCCCUUGGGCAGGACUCUGGGUCAAACGCAAAUAAACAUGAACCCUGUAGGACUAUU